AUGGUCGCAGCAGCACGCCAGCUACCUUUCGAGCACAUGCCAUGUGCUGCACAUAUGCUGCAAAGAACCAUCACAGUCUCCCUUGAGCACAGCGGCUUUGACACCGCCCUGGCAAAGUGCCGCAAAAUAGUAGGGCACUUCAAGCACAGCCCUGCCAGUACAGAAGAACUGCACCAGCAGCAGACUGCCCUCGGACAAGCCAGAGAGCCCCUGGUUCAAGACGUAUCCACAAGAUAUGUGACUGAGCUGCUUGGAGGUGAGACCUAUGUCUCAUGCUCUGUGGUGCUUCCCGCACUCUGCCAUCUCAACCGUGUCAUGGAUCCCACUGAUGAGGAUCCUGGCUACAUGAUAAAGUUCAAGGACACCUUUUCAAAGGACCUAGACUCGCGCAAGGCCACCAUCAACAACAGAUGGCUGAAGGUGGCUACAGCCCUCGACCCAAGAUUUAAGGACUUGAAGAGCAUACACAAGAAUGAGAGGGCUGAGGUGUGGACCUGGAUUGAGGAGAUGCUGCGAGGAUCAGAAGCGGGACCUGCUGCUCCUGAACCCACAGAGGAUGAGCCAGCAGCAAAGAAGAGCCUCCUCCUGCUGUGUUCUUCAGACUCCGACUCCGACAAGGAGGAGCUGGGGCCUCUAGCCCACUACAAAGUUGAGCCGUGCAUUGGAAUGCAUGAGUGUCCACUGGAGUGGUGGGCAGCUCACGCCGGAGCCUAUGGACAGCUGUCCUCUCUUGCUCGCAAAUACCUGGCUACUCCCGCAACGUCUGUGCCAUGUGAGAGACUCUUUUCACUUGCAGGUAACAUCAUACAAAAGAAGAGGGCAGCCUUACACUCAGACAAUGUAAACAAGCUUGUUUGUCUGAGCAACUGGCUCAAGGAGAAAUAAAGUUGUCUGUUGUCAGAUCCUGUAACGUUAGCUUGGGGUGGGUUUUUGAUUUGAGGAGUUGAUACUGUAACCCCAGAUCCUCUUUUGGUUUGAAUUGUUAUGCCCCAGAUAAUGUAGCUUAAGUGCCUAUUUGAGACUCAGCCUUAUUUCUGAAUUUUAUUUAUUUACCUGUAUUUGUAUUGCAUUUUCCAAUAAUGCUCCUGGCCUAGUUGGUUUGCUGGGAUGUGCUU